AUGGUACUUGACGAGAGGCGCCAUACAGUUUGUGUGGAUGGCCAAUCAAUAAACAAACUCUAUGAUCCCGGAUCGUACUGCACUUAUAUAGGCAGACAAGCUUUUUGGAAUUUUAGUACCUUACUGAAGAAAUUAGCUGAUCAGCCACGCCCAGGAAUUAUGUGUCCUAACGGGGUAAUUGAGGAAACUGCCGGACAAGCCAUUUUACCACUUAAGUUUUUAGGUAUAAGCAAAUUUUUGCUGAUUCGUUUUGUGCCAACUUUUGACUGUGAACUUUUGUUUGGUUACGAUUUUGCCAAAUUGUUUGAUUUUGAUGUUAGAUUUAAGCUACGAAUUUGGAGAUUAGGCAACGGUAUCUGGCAAACAUAUCAGAGACAAAUGAUAGGCUAUGGAGCCAUUAUACCACUGAAGGUUUCGAGUAAUCGUGUGGAAGCUUCUGAUGUUUCUCUAUCAAAUGCAGCCGUACAAGACUGUGUUGACAUAAAGGAAUCAAAUUCUUCGGAGGAUAAAUAUUUAGAAGAUUUUCUUAAGAGAAAAAUUCCUUUCAUGCCAGCCAAGCUUGCUUCCACACACAUGGUAGAACAUCAUAUAGAUAUCAGUGGACAUCCUCCCUUCAGACAAGCUUAUCGGCAUUAUUCUGCCAAGAUUGAAUCCUUACGAGAGUCCGCCCAAAAGCUCGAGGAUGAGGGAAUUAUUAGUCCGAGUAAGAGCAAAUUAUAUAGGCCCGUGGUAAUUGUCAGGAAGUCUGAUGGAAAUUACAGACUCUGUAUCGACUUCAGAAAAUUGAACGAGGUAGCAAAGAAAGAGGCGUACCCAAUGAGAAACAUUAGCGCUAUUUCUAUUUUAGAUUAG